GGAGAGGUUCAGCCUUUCUGGAGCGGUUCGGUCCAGCCUUUCUCCUAAGCACCCGGGGCCGGUGCGCGCGUGCGUGAGCGCGCCUGCGCCGCCAAGACCGCUGCUAGGAGCGGAGAGCCGCCGCCUCAGGAGGACCCUUCUCCGCCCGUCCCCCCCCCCUCAGAAAUUACUCAAUGCUGAAACCUUUCAAAGUGAUAUUAGAGAACUUGAAAUCACCAUGGAUGGGUUUUAUGAUCAGCAAGUCCCUUUUAUGGUCCCAGGGAAAUCUCAGUCUGAGGAAUGUAGAGGUCGGCCUGUGAUUGACAGAAAGAGGAAGUUUUUGGACACAGAUCUGGCUCAUGAUUCUGAAGAGCUGUUCCAAGAUCUCAGUCAACUUCAAGAGGCUUGGUUAGCUGAAGCACAAGUUCCUGAUGAUGAACAAUUUGUCCCAGAUUUUCAGUCUGAUAACUUGGUGCUUCAUGCCCCUCCUCCCACCAAGAUCAAACGGGAACUGCACAGCCCCACCUCUGAGCUGUCAUCCUGUCGCCAUGAGCAGGCUGUUGGUGCUAACUAUGGAGAAAAGUGCCUCUACAAUUAUUGUGCCUAUGAUAGGAAACCUCCCUCUGGGUUCAAGCCAUUAACCCCUCCUACCACGCCCCUGUCACCCACCCACCAAAAUUCCCUACUUCCCCCACCUCAGGCAACCUUGCCCACUUCUGCACAUAACCCUACAGCUGUUCCUGUACAAGGUGUGGGACCUGCCCCAGUCCCUCACUCACUUCAAGAACCUGGACCACAGCAACAAACCUUUGCGGUCCCCCGACCACCACCACAUCAGCCCAUGCAGAUGCCAAAGAUGAUGGCUGAAAACCAGUAUCCAUCAGAACAGAGAUUUCAGAGACAACUGUCUGAACCCUGCCACCCCUUCACUCCUCAGUCAGGAGUUCCUGGAGAUAAUCGCCCCAGUUACCACCGGCAAAUGUCAGAGCCUGUUGUCUCUGCAGCUCCCCCACCCCCUCAGGGAUUCAAACAAGAAUACCAUGACCCGCUCUAUGAACACGGGGUCCCAGGGAUACCAGGGCCCCCAACACACGGGUUCCAGUCACCAAUGGGAAUCAAGCAGGAGCCCCGGGAUUACUGCGUUGAUUCAGAAGUGCCUAACUGCCAGUCGUCCUAUAUGAGAGGCGGGUAUUUCUCCAGCAGCCAUGAGGGUUUUCCAUAUGAGAAAGAUCCCCGAUUAUACUUCGAUGACACUUGUGUGGUGCCUGAGAGACUGGAAGGCAAAGUCAAACAGGAGCCCACUAUGUAUCGAGAGGGGCCCCCUUACCAGCGCCGAGGUUCCCUACAGCUGUGGCAGUUCCUGGUUACCCUUCUUGAUGACCCAGCCAAUGCCCACUUCAUUGCCUGGACAGGCCGAGGCAUGGAGUUCAAGCUGAUAGAACCCGAAGAGGUUGCUCGGCGCUGGGGCAUCCAGAAGAACCGGCCAGCCAUGAACUAUGACAAGCUCAGCCGUUCUCUGCGCUAUUACUAUGAAAAAGGCAUCAUGCAGAAGGUGGCAGGCGAGCGAUAUGUCUACAAAUUUGUCUGUGACCCUGAUGCCCUUUUCUCCAUGGCCUUCCCUGACAAUCAGCGUCCGUUCCUGAAGGCAGAGUCUGAAUGCCACCUCAGUGAGGAAGAUACCCUGCCACUGACCCACUUUGAAGACAACCCUGCUUACCUCCUGGACAUGGAUCACUGCGGCAGCCUCCCCUACGCUGAAGGCUUUGCUUACUAAGUUUCUGAGUGUGGCUGAGCGGCCAAAUCCUAGAGCUAGCAGCAGUUCCCAUUCAGGCAAAUGAGGGCAGAGGUUUUGUUUGUGUUUUUGGCUGUUCCUAAAGCUUGCCCUUUGAGUAUUAUCUGGAGAGCCUCAGCCAUUUCUGGAUUGGUACCCUUCAGGACAGACACCUUGGCAAGGGAGUGGAAACAGGGAGGGUUGGAAACCACCAAGGGGAAGGGGCCUCUGAUUCUGAAGAGGUUUCUGUGGGAAGAGAUUGAAAUGGAGUCUCAAUGCCAUGAACAAUAUAUGCAAAGCAAUACCAUGUUCAGGUUAGUACCCGCGCACCGGGAGAGGAAUGUGUGACAAUCUUCAUUGAUCUUGGACUACUAAAUGCCUUGAUACAGAAGGGCUCUGAUUUGCACAAUGUAUUGAAAACUCACACACCCAUAUGGGAGUAGCUAGGCUAAGUUGAGGAGACUCAAACCAUGACAGGUUAGAAAUACACCUUGGAAUUCGGAGCUCAACCUGAAACGUUGCCCCUUUGUCCAGAAAGAAGAGGGGAGAGUCAGAACAGCUAAUAAUCUCCACUCCAUGGUUCUCAACUAAUAAACCAUUGCUACUCUUGGGAACCUUCAGCCAUGUGGCCACCAAGUCAAACAAGCCCCCUUUCUCUUCCAAGUCACAUGGUUGUAUAUGGAUGGCUUUAAUUUUCAGAGAAAGGUGUUAACACUUUUGACAGUAUUUUGGUUUGCUUUGACUUGGGAGUCUGUUUUGUUUUGGUGGUUGUUUUGGGGGGGGAUACGGUUUAUAAACUGAUUUUUGUAGUUUUGGUAUUUAAAGC